UUCCUUCGUGUUCUUCGCUAUCUCGCCACGACCUUGUUCUGUACCACAGGAUAGCCUUCACGACUAAUCAAACCAUCUCUACUUCAAGAGGCACAUCAAGGUCUCCCAAUGGCAACUAUCGAUGCCCAAGACCUCCGAGAAAGAAUUGGGCGUUUUCGAGUUCUUACCAUGGGGAGAAGAAACGCAGGCAAAACAACCAUCCUUCAGAAGGUCUGUAACACCACGGAUGAGCCAGAAAUUUACGAUAUCAAAGGAAAAAAGCUCGAUGCUGAUAUCGUGAAAUCCUCGAUCAAGCGUGGAAAUCACGAUAUCACGAACCAAAUGGUCUUCAAAAGCAAUCCCAAUUUCGUCUUUCAUGACUCGUGUGGUUUCGAAGCGGGCUCUGAAAAGGAAUUCGAGGUCAUGAUGAAAUUUGUCUCAGAACGCACACACGCAAAGAAAUUAGAGGAACGAAUUCAUGCUAUAUGGUAUUGUAUCCCGAUGAGCGACCGGAAUCGAUUAUUCCAACAGUCAGAGGAGAAGUUCUUCUUGCAGUGCGACACUGGGCGCGUUCCCGUGGUUGCAGUGUUCACCAAGUUCGACGCUCUGUAUCCAGUUGCAUAUGGAGAAAUCAAGAAGCAACUUAAAGGCUUAUCGGUAGAAGAACGCUCAAGGAAGAUUGCACAGCGCGCCGAAGAACUGUUCACGAACACGGGCGUUUUGAAUAAGUUAUGCAAGCCUGAAAACCGUGCGCGUCCUAAGUCGCAUGUACGGCUGGAGAACAUGAACGAACCAAAUACAAAUUGCAACACUCUACUGGAAAGCACCACUCUCGCACUGGAUGACGAAGAAUUGCGCUUGUGUUUGUUGUCGACACAACAAUCAAAUCUGGAGCUUUGUAUCAAGUGUGCCAUCACAACACUUGUUGAUCGCGCACAUCAGCCAUUCGGGUCGCUUCGAAUCGAUUAUGAAGUUUAUCAGUAUGACAUUGCUAGGUGGUUUGCACAUAUCAAAGUAAGACGAAGAUUGAUCUAAUCUGACAAUGUCCUGGUACUGGUGCUCACGAUGGUAAAUAUGAAGUGC